CCAGCUCGCGCCAGCAGAGGCGAGGAAGCCGGGAAUAGUAAGAGAAACACGUUUCUCGCUAGCCUCGGUUCUCAUGCGCCAUGGCGACCCCCGCCCAGCAGCCUCCUCAGUCUAGCGGCGGAAAGCGCAAAGGCAAAGCUCCGUAUGUGCAAGCCAAGCGGGCUCGGCGCUGCGACGGUGGCGGGCCCCGGCAGUUGGAACCCGGCCUACAGGGCAUUCUCAUUACCUGCAACAUGAACGAACGCAAGUGCGUGGAGGAGGCCUACAGCCUGCUCAACGAAUACGGCGACGACAUGUAUGGGCCGGAAAAGUUUACGGACAAAGAGCAGCAGUCCUCAGGAAGUGAGGGAGAAGAUGAUGACAUGGAGGCUGCCUUGAAGAAAGAAGUUGGUGACAUUAAAGCAUCAACAGAGAUGAAGCUAAGAAGAUUCCAGUCAGUGGAGAGUGGAGCCAACAAUGUAGUAUUCAUCAGGACGCUUGGAAUAGAACCUGAGAAAUUGGUACAUCAUAUUCUCCAGGAUAUGUACAAAACCAAGAAGAAGAAGACUCGGGUUAUUCUACGUAUGUUACCCAUUUCAGGCACGUGCAAGGCUUUCUUAGAAGAUAUGAAAAAAUAUGCAGAAACAUUUUUGGAACCCUGGUUUAAAGCUCCAAACAAAGGGACAUUUCAGAUUGUAUAUAAAUCUCGAAAUAACAGUCACAUGAAUAGAGAAGAAGUUAUCAAAGAAUUGGCAGGAAUAGUAGGCAGCCUCAAUUCGGAAAAUAAAGUGGAUCUUACCAAUCCACAGUACACGGUGGUAGUAGAAAUAAUUAAAGCUGUCUGUUGCCUGAGUGUUGUCAAAGAUUAUAUGUUGUUCAGAAAGUAUAAUCUCCAGGAGGUGGUAAAGAGUGGUAAGGACCCAUCACAACUUAACCCAAAGCAGCCAGUGCAAGGAGGAAAUGGGAAAGAAGCUAAAUUGGAAUCUGGUGACAAAUCAAAUCAACAUCACCCAGCAGAAGGAACAAAUAACCAGCAGCUGGUACCAGAAAAUAAGGAACUGGGGCAGACAAAACCACGAUCUGAGACACAAGUGGUGAAUGAGGGAGGAGCUAAACCUGAACUUGAAAGUCAAGUCACAGAAAGAUCUGAGUCAAAUGAAAAUGAUCUCUCAUAAGGAAAAAAAUUUAUUUGGUGUUGCAGGUGGGUUUCUCAGAUGGCGUUGGUAAGAUAUUGCUAUGAUUCCAUAUAAAAUUGUGACUGAAUAAAUAUAUUGUUUUUGACCUUUGUGUGCUGCAUAAUGCUGAACUCAUAAUAGUGAACCGUUAUUGAGCAGCCCUGUUAACAGUUCUGUUGGAGAUCUUUUCAGCCCCCUAUGCCAGGGUGCAGUUAGGCCUACAUGCAUUUGGUUGAGGUAGGAGUAGUAUGGAUAAUGAUGAACACUUUCGUGGAGGGGAGGGUGGAAGGAAGAUAGUGUUGGCCUCUCCCUCCUGAUUACCUUUGCCAGCUGCCCCUUCUGUGUUGCCAUCUGACUUACGGGAGCAAACAAACUCUGUAAAAGAGAAAGUCAUAGGGAAAUUUUCAUUCUAAGGAAGGAAUUUUUAUGUGUUGCAACUCAGCUGUCCCUUCCCACUUUGUUGUAAACAUUGCAAAAACAUGGGUCUUAAAGGUUUAGAAGUGAAUUGUUUUUGUGAAGUUUUUCUAUUUUUUUGUGAUUCUGUUACUUAGUUGUUAUGCCAGUUUUUACAUUUUAUUAACAUUUGUUACAAAUCUGUUUUAUUAACAUUUGUUACAAAUCUGAUGGUCCAGUGCUGCAAUUUUUGAAGGCAUGGUGUUAGAUAGAAGAGGACCAUUCUAGGCAUAGAACUAGACAUUUCUGAUAAGGUUAGUGAUGAAGAAUGAGUGUUCUGAGUUUCUUCAGUAUGCCAGUGCAACAAGAGACACAAAUUCUGUCUUUUAGUGCUCAUAAUCCCAUGCUGUGCGGGUUCCUGUAAUUGGAAGUUUUUUCAAGGUUUCCUCCAGGGUAAAACCACUGAAAAGCCUGGAAGAGACGGACACCAAAGAGGGCUGCAUACUAAAUCCAGACUGAGAAUAAAUAUUAAGAGGCUAUGAAAUUCACUUUUGGAGAAGGGUUUAUAAAGUUUUAAGAAGUUCAGUAGUAUUAUAGUUGUUGAGUCUUCCUGCACCAAUGUCUGUGUUUAUUUAAUGGCUAGGAGUAUGGGAAUGUAUUUUUAUCCUCCUAAAAUAGGGGUCCAGACUAGAAGGAUUUGGGAGGGGGAAAAGCUAUAUAGACUGGACCUUGGAAAUGCAGAUGAGGCUGGAACUUCCUUCGAGAUCUUUAGAUACUUAAGAGUGUUAACUCUUAAUAGGUUGAGGUCAUCUUGAAAGGAUGAUAAAAGCAUUUUAAGUUUCAUUUGCAUGAACACGGAGGAUAGGAUUUUGGUGCCUUCAUUGGACUUGCUCCAAGACAAAGAUACUUUUAUUUUGAUAGUGCAAGACUCUGGGGCUUUGGGGAUAAAAUUGGCCAUAUGCUUUUAGAACAUCUAACUCUGCAGAGCUGGAUUCCUUUUACUUUGUGAAAGCUGCUACUCUACAGAAAGAUUUUGAUUUAAUAGUUUGUUUUUAAUCUUCUUGUAUUUAUUUGUAUUUGGUAAGACCUGAGUGCGACAAAAGCUAUUCUUCCCCAGCUAUAAAGCACUGUGUUCUGUUGGAAUCUGAAUUCUUUCAUUGAUAGGUUUUCAAGUUUCCCAACUUUAUUGUCACUGACAUUUGAGCAUGUUGUUUUGUAAAUGAUGAGAUUCCAGGGUGGGAAUUGAGUGGUUUCUUUUUUUUCUUUUUCUUUUUUUUUUUAAGUUAUGUCAGUUAAAAAAAAACUCCAGUAUUGUGGUUUAGUAAACUUGUUUUGCUCUGUGGAGGAAAGAAUGUUAAGCUUAGUAUCUUGAAACCUGUUUAAGGUCACACAUGAUUUCUAAGUGUUGUUUUUACUUGUAUUUUGCUUUUGGUAUGGCCAGAUAUUUAGCUUGUUUUUAUAGUUCCUGAUAUUUUCAGAAAAAUCAAAAUAAAUUUGUUCCCUAAA